AGAGAGUUCAAGACAUACUCCGAAAGAAUUGAAUCAAUAUAGUCGAAAAGUAUUAUUAUCAUCUUCCAAGCUGAAUGCUCUCCAUUGUUCAAACUCAAUGAUGGCGAUAUUAUCAGUCUAAAAUGGUGGAAAAAGACUCCACCCUUGCGUUCAACUUUAACCAACUCUAAUUUGUUCCCACCCAGAAGCAUUUAAGCUCAUCCCACCGCCACUUACUUUCGCCAUCAACUCAUCAUCAUUAUUAUGAUUAUGAUUAUUAUCAACAUCCUUCAAUACCCAAAGGCAAAUUACAUGGUAACUCUGGUGAAUCAUUUUUAUUUGUUAACCUCAACUUGAUAAACUUCAUCAAAAGUCACAUUUUCUUGCGAUUUUGAUUCACUUUCAGUUUUAUCAACUCUAACGCUCUCUCGUAACAAUUAACUUUGAUUUUUUUACCGUUAGAUUAGUUAGUUCAUCGGCAUGUUGAUCAGUUUCAUCUUGUUUGCUAUUGAUUGUUUUAGUUGAUUAGCUGUUUGUUUUUCUAAUGAAUUCUGAUUGAAAUUAUGUUUCUUUCAUCAAAUGAUAAUAACGAUAACAGUCAUGAUAAUAAUAUUAUAAGUAAUAACUUAUCACUAGAAGAUGGACUGGUCAAUCGUUCUGCUUCAUCUUUAGUGAAAAGUUAUUCAUCUUCUUCACCAUCUCCAUCAUCAUCAUCAUCAUCAUCGUCGUCUUCCACUUCAUCUUCACCCGGAGCUUUUGCAACCCCUCAUGGAAUCAGUGAUAUCCUCUCUCGUCCUUCAGCUCUCAAUAUUUCAUCUUCAUCUUUAACGUCGCCAAUUGUAACUACAGCGACAACAACUCCACCAACAAACUUUUCCACCCUUUCCUCAUCCCUACAUCCACAUCUCAGUCAACCAUCACUCCCUUCAACUCAGGAUCAUCCUGCUGCAGCCAUGGCUGCAUCGGCUGCCUUAAGUUCAUCUUUUGCAGGAACUUUACCUCGAUUUUCAAUAGGAACCACUGGUGAUGUUUAUUUUCCAACUAAUGGUGGACUCCAUAAGUUUGCGAAUUCGCUUUAUUGGAACUCGAUGGUUCAGAGUCAAGCUCUUUGGAAGGAUAAAUUGGUUGGAACUGUAGUUGCAAGUGAAGGUUUAAAUGUUCUUGAAGGACGAGGUGAUGAAGAAAUGAAAUGUGAAGGUAAUGUAGAAAAGUGCAAAGGCAGAGGGAGAGGGAGAGGUAAUGGUGUCAAUGCUGGGAACGAUGGAGAAAGUGAGAGAAAUGCAAAUAUCUCUGGAGGAAGUUUAUCGAUUCCUCAUCAACCACAUCAUCUCCAUCAUCACCACAGUGUCCAUGGGAUUGUUCCCAAUGGUCUUGCAAGUGCUUUAACAGGACUACUUGAUAAAGAGAGCAAAAAGAAACACACUCGACCAACAUUCUCCGGUCAACAGAUUUACAUACUUGAGAAAACUUUCGAACAAACAAAAUACUUAGCUGGACCUGAGCGAGCGAAAUUAGCCUACGCAUUGGGAAUGUCCGAAAGUCAGGUCAAAGUUUGGUUUCAAAACCGACGAACGAAAUGGAGAAAAAAACACGCAGCCGAUCUCGCCACCGCCAAGAAAAGACACACUUCCGAAGUCGAUUCAAUAUGUUCAUGAAAUUGUCUUCAUUUAAUCUUCACCAUUUUCCUUUCUCAUCAAAAUGUUCAAUAAUCAUCAUCAUGUAAUAAUUGAUUUCAUCUCCAUCUUCAUGUUCACUUGAGCUUAUUUUCUCAUCUUCUGAUUAGAUGAUCAAAUCACUGAUUCAAUUGUAUGUAUCAUCAACGAUCACAUUUCGUUGAUAUUUUGUUGCUCUACAAUCAAAAUAUAAUAAUAAUCGUCAAUACGAUAAACGAUGCAAUCUGUAAAUCUAUUAAUCGUUUAAAAUGAUGAAAUUAAACAGAAAACCUCAUAUCCUUAUUAUUGAA